AUGAACAAAAUCAAGUUAAUUGUUGCUAUAACUUUUAUUUUAGGAGUAAUUAAUAUUGUUAGAAUUACAAAAGAUCUUGAUUUGACAUUGGAUACAUCUGUGAAGGAUUCCUUCUUAAAGAAAUUAGAUGUAGCAUAAGUUUAUUAUUAAUUUCAGAUAUCUAUCGAUGAACCAAAAGAGGGAAUGGCAUACAGAGAAGUCUAUGAAGAUGGAUAAAUUGAAGGAAUGAGAUAUAGAGAAAUUGAAGAUUAAAAAUAAUAGGAAUAACCGAUUGAAGGAAUGGCAUAUAGAGAAGUAUAUGAGGAUGGAUAAAUUGAAGGAAUGAGAUAUAGAGAAAUUGAAGAUUAAGAAGAAUAAUAGGAAAAACCAAUUGAAGGAAUGGCAUAUAGAGAAGUUUAUGAAGAUGGAUAAAUUGAAGGAAUGAGAUAUAGAGAAAUUGAAGAUCAAGAAGAAUAAUAGGAAAAACCCAUAGAAGGAAUGGCAUACAGAGAAGUAUAUGAGGAUGGAUAAAUUGAAGGAAUGAGAUAUAGAGAAAUUGAAGAUUAAGAAGAAUAAUAGGAGUAACCAAUUGAAGGAAUGGCAUAUAGAGAAGUAUAUGAGGAUGGAUAAAUUGAAGGAAUGAGAUAUAGAGAAAUUGAAGAUUAAGAAGAAUAAUAGGAGUAACCAAUUGAAGGAAUGGCAUAUAGAGAAGUAUAUGAGGAUGGAUAAAUUGAAGGAAUGAGAUAUAGAGAAAUUGAAGAUUAAGAAGAAUAAUAGGAGUAACCAAUUGAAGGAAUGGCAUAUAGAGAAGUAUAUGAGGAUGGAUAAAUUGAAGGAAUGAGAUAUAGAGAAAUUGAAGAUUAAGAAUAAUAGGAGUAACCAAUUGAAGGAAUGGCAUAUAGAGAAGUCUAUAAAGGUGGAUCAAUUGAGGAAAUUUAAUAUAAUGAAAUAGAUUCAGCAAUUCCCAUAUAUAACUAAAUGAUAGAAUGA